AUGGCGGGGCGGCGCGAGCCAGCCGUUUCCGAGGCGGAUGCCACGGCAACGCUCCGAGACGCUGGGAGCGAGGGGGCGCAGGCGGAUGCGGCGGGUGAGCUGAGCGACACGCUCACGGCCAAGCUCGACGCCUCAAACAGCACUCUCUUGAAGUGGCGCUCUAAGCGGCAGCCACCCGACGGGCAGGCGUCCAUCGAGCAGGUUUAUCAGGCGCUCAGCUGCGUGUACACCCGCUCGGCCAUCCACGGCGAAGGCGCCAUCUGUGUCGACUGCCACCGCACCGAGGCGCUUGUUGCGACGGGUGGCGCCGACGGCGUGGUGUGUCUGUACGACACCCCGCAGCGCAAGGUCCUCGCCGAGAUGAAGGGCCACGAUGGCCCCGUCCACCGCGUCCGGCUCCACCCGCGCAAGGACGUUGCCGUCUCUGCGGGCGCCGACGCGAUCAACGACGUCUGCAUCCACCCGGGCCUCGAGUAUACUGUGAGCGCGUCCGCCGACGGCUCGUGGAAGAUGGCAGACCUCGCGACGGGCGAGUGCGUCGUCUCGGUGGAGGACGCGGUCGCCCUCAGCCACGGUGGCUUCUCCUGCUCCGACGUGCACCCGGACGGGAUGCUCUUCAGCGUCGGCGUCCCAUCUGGAAACGUAAAGGUGUGGGACUUAAAGUCGCGCACGGACGUAGCCAGCUUCGGCCUCGAGCAGCCCACCACGUGCCUCUCCUUCUCCGAGAACAGCUUCUACUUCGCCACCGGCGGCGCCGAGGGUGUGCUCAAGGUGUGGGACUUGCGCAAGUUCGGCGACAACAGGCUCGAAGCUGUCCACGCCAUGGAGCUGGGCGCGCCCGUCCGCUCCGCCGUCUUCGACUACAGCGGCCAGUUCCUCGCUACCGCCGCGGGCACCGUCACCGUCGUGGGGGGCACUUCCGACUGGUGCCCGCUCUACGAGUCAACGUCGUGGGCCUCGCUCGCGGAGCACGAGGUGGCGGCGAGCGGCGUCUCGUUCGGCCCGGGCGCUUCGAUGCUCGCUGCCGUGUGCCCAAGCGGCGACCUCUUCAUCUACGGCCGUGGCGCUGGGGCGGGUCCUGCGCCGACCGCUACCGCCCAGGAGCGCGACGGCGAGCGCUCCAGCAUCAUCGAGGAGCAUCUGGCGGCGGCAAGGCUGGCGGAAGCGGCAGGGCAGCUGCCCACCGAGUUGGAGGCGAAGUCGCGAGGCGAGGCGCCGUGGGCGGAUUUGGCGGCCGCCGCGCAGGCGAGGCUGAGGGCUGUGCCAGAGGGAGAGGCGCUAGAGGAGCAAGCGGCGGAGCCUGCUUGGGCGCCGCCCGCGCUGUCGCCGUCGCGGCUUUCCCUAGCUGCCCCCGACGAGGACCCGCUCGGCGAUGAGGACUCGAGCUCCGGCAGCGUCCCCGACGACGCGGUGUCGGGUGAGCCUCAGCCAGCGGUGGCGGCGGUCUCGCUCGCCGACGUCAUCUUCGACACUGGCCGGGCGGCCGUCCCCGAGUCCACCCUCGGCGGCGAGACUACGUGCAUCGUGUGCUUCACCCGGCCGAAGACGCACAUCGCGGUGCCCUGUGGGCACCAGUGCGCGUGCGGCCCCUGCUCGGAUCGGAUGCGCGAGUGCCCGUACUGCCGCGAGCCAGUGAUGAUGUGGAUGCUGCAGCGCCUGGUGUAG